AUGGCAAGAUGUAGGCUGGCUACUUGGUUCCUAACAAAUUCCAAGGAGGACUCUAUUCUAAAGGAUUCUCUCAUUUCUGAUCCUACUAUUGGGGAUUCUUGCUAUAAUUCAAGGUGUUCAACCAUUGAAAUUGUGUCUUGGUCUCCUCCUCCAAAGGGUUUUAUUAAACUAAACGUGGAUGCAACAGUGACUGGUGAUUGGAGGAAGAGUGGUGUUGGGGGAAUUCUUAGAGUUGAGGAUGGUUCGGUGAUGGGCUAUUUUCAAGAAUCUACUGGACCAGGUCCUCCUUUGUUGAUUGAGCUUAUGGCAGUAAAGAGGGGCUUAACCUUCUUUGAUUCGAUUCAGCAGCAGUUUAAGGAACGUUUACUUGUUGAAUCAGAUAGUAAACUUGCAGUGGAGUGGGUCAAGAAUUUUGAUCGCUGCCCCGGUGUAUAUUUUAACUUAGUUAACGAUAUUGUUACUAAGUUAAGGGACUUGAAUGGUAUUAUUAGUUGGGUUGCUAGGUCAGCCAAUGUUGAGGCUGAUAGUUUAGCUAAAGAUGGUAUUGGCUAA